AUGGACAUGACAUUGGCUUACUAUGCAAAAUGUUUUAAAAUCUUAAAAAAGUCUUUAAGACUAACAAGUGAUGAGAACAUUAAGAUAUUACGUUACAGUGUCAAUCGCUGCUCGGAUGAGCUCGUCGGUUUUAUGGGCGAAUAUUAUAAAUUGAAUAUUUGCAUUGUUGAUGAGGAUUCCGUAGAUGGCGAGAAAAAGUUUCGUUAUUUUAUAAAAACUGUGCCGCUGACCAAUGAAUAUCAUCGAGAUGAAUGCGAACGCAAAGGGUUUUUUGAAAAAGAAGGCUGCAUUUACACUGAAAUAUUACCAAAUAUACAAAGAUAUGCACCUACUCAAUUAUAUCCAGAGUGUUAUUAUAAUCGUCCCGAUUUAUUGGUAUUAGAAGAUCUCUCAGCUUCACCCAAAGGCUUUCAUCACAUUGAUAACUUUCAUUCUCAUACGCCAUUGCAUCACAAAGUCAUGUUGAAGCACUUGGCCAAACUGCAUGCAGCCAGCAUUGCUUGGGAAUCGUAUGAAAAUAUCAAUAUUGGUGAAAAAUUUCAACACCAGCUCAAGGAAAUGUUUUUAUCUACCGAAAAUGAGUGGUACAUCACGGGAGUUAAAAGCAUUGUUUUCCUAAGCAAAAUGCUUCCAAGUUACCAAGAACCGAGAGUGAAGAAAUAUGUUGAUGAAGAACUUUAUGAAGUACUUUGUAAGGCAGAAUUACUCACUGAACCCUCGAAAAAGUUCCAUAAUGUACUCUGCCAUCGUGAUUCAUGGGAACACAAUAUAUUUUAUACAUAUAAUGAGCAAAAAGAGCCAAUCGAUUGCCGUAUAGUGGACUUUCAACUGACUCGGUACAGUCCACCUGCUAUUGAUGUUCUAUUCUUUAUAUAUGCGACUACAACAUUUGAGGAGCGAGAGAAAACAUGCAAUACUUACUUAGAAUACUAUCACGAAUCACUUAGAGCAUCUCUACGAAACCUCAAUCUUUCCGAAGACCUAAUAACUAUGGAAGAAUUUCAGCAAGACUGCAAACGCGCACGUUUUCCCGUCCUAAUACUGCACUCCAUUUCCGAGCCACUAAUAAAAAUGCCAAAAGGAGUUUCAAAUAAAAUGCGUGCCGAGGAACAAGAAAAAUUUGAUUAUUAUAUGAAUACAAAAAGAGACGAACUGUUUUUGCGAGUCAUAGAAAUGGAACCAACGUAUAGAAAAACUAUUCUUCAACCAGUGGAAGAAUUGCUCAAUUAUUUAUUAAAAAAUGAUGAUUUAUUUUUAAGUUAAUAUACAUAUUCUAUGUAAAUUCUUAAUAGGUAAUAUGCCU